ACAGGUGAAAAUCCAAACCCAAACUCGAUCCGUCCGGACGGCAACGUCGUGAAGUGUUUCCAGUGCGAAAGAACACAACCAAUUUAGUGCGAGAACGAAGAACGAUCCCCCGAUCCGUUCGCCCCGUGCUCCAUCUUCACUCGACGGCGGUGCCAUCGCUGGCAGCGCGUCAUCGUUCGACCGCGGGGAGCAAAACGAAAAAAAGAAGUGCUACAUCCUUUUCGUCCGGUGCUCGUGGGUGAGCCGCAAAGUCAAGACGCAAAAUGCCGCCAAAGAAGAAAACCGAUUUAGAUGAUUUGAAGCAGGAGUUGGACAUCGAUUAUCAUAAGAUCUCACCGGAAGAACUAUACCAGCGACUUCAGACACAUCCGGAAAAUGGUCUCAGCCACGCGAAAGCCAAGGAGAAUCUGGAAAGAGAUGGACCAAACGCCCUAACCCCACCCAAACAGACGCCCGAAUGGGUCAAGUUCUGCAAGAAUCUCUUCGGCGGUUUCGCUCUGCUGCUGUGGAUCGGUGCCAUCCUGUGCUUCAUCGCCUAUUCGAUUCAGGCCAGUACCGUUGAGGAACCGGCCGAUGAUAAUCUGUAUCUCGGUAUUGUGCUGGCCGCUGUCGUGAUAGUGACCGGUAUCUUCUCGUACUACCAGGAAUCGAAAAGUUCAAAGAUUAUGGAAUCGUUCAAGAACAUGGUGCCCCAGUUCGCUACCGUUCUGCGCGAAGGCGAGAAGCUGACACUGCGCGCUGAAGAUCUCGUCAUUGGUGACGUCGUGGAGGUCAAGUUCGGUGACAGGAUACCGGCUGAUGUUCGCAUCAUCGAAGCACGUAACUUCAAGGUCGACAAUUCUUCACUGACUGGUGAAUCUGAACCGCAGUCCCGUGGACCAGAUUUCACUCAUGAAAAUCCGCUGGAAACGAAGAAUUUGGCCUUCUUCUCGACGAACGCCGUCGAAGGAACUGCAAAGGGUGUUGUCAUCAGCUGCGGUGACCAUACCGUAAUGGGACGUAUCGCUGGUUUGGCUUCUGGUUUGGACACGGGUGAGACUCCGAUCGCUAAGGAAAUCCACCAUUUCAUCCACUUGAUCACGGGUGUCGCUGUGUUCCUCGGUGUGACCUUCUUCGUCAUCGCGUUUAUCCUCGGUUACCACUGGCUGGACGCUGUUAUCUUCCUGAUCGGUAUUAUCGUCGCCAACGUCCCUGAGGGUUUGCUGGCCACCGUUACUGUGUGCCUGACGCUCACUGCCAAGCGUAUGGCCUCCAAGAACUGUCUGGUGAAGAACUUGGAAGCUGUAGAGACGCUCGGCUCCACCUCGACCAUCUGCUCGGAUAAGACCGGUACAUUGACGCAGAACCGCAUGACCGUCGCGCAUAUGUGGUUUGACAAUCAGAUCAUCGAAGCCGAUACCACUGAGGAUCAGAGUGGCGUGCAGUAUGAUCGUACCAGCCCCGGAUUUAAGGCCCUGUCUCGUAUCGCUACGCUGUGUAACCGUGCCGAGUUCAAGGGAGGCCAAGAUGGUGUUCCGAUUCUGAAGAAGGAAGUGAGCGGUGACGCCUCGGAAGCUGCGCUGCUGAAGUGCAUGGAACUUGCCCUUGGAGACGUGAUGAACAUUCGCAAGCGCAACAAGAAGGUGUGCGAAAUUCCAUUCAACUCGACCAACAAGUACCAGGUAUCAAUCCACGAGACGGAAGAUCCCAGCGAUCCGCGCUACUUGCUCGUCAUGAAGGGCGCACCUGAGCGUAUCCUGGAGCGCUGCUCGACUAUCUUCAUCAACGGCAAGGAAAAGCUGAUGGAUGAAGAGAUGAAGGAAGCAUUCAACAAUGCCUACCUGGAGUUGGGUGGUCUCGGCGAGCGUGUGCUUGGUUUCUGCGAUUUCAUGCUGCCCUCGGAUAAGUACCCUGUCGGAUUCAAGUUCAACUCGGACGAAGUAAACUUCCAGGUUGAUAAUCUACGAUUCGUUGGAUUGAUGUCUAUGAUUGAUCCACCCCGUGCUGCCGUCCCGGAUGCUGUCGCCAAGUGCCGUUCGGCCGGUAUCAAGGUCAUUAUGGUUACCGGCGAUCAUCCGAUCACUGCCAAGGCCAUCGCCAAGUCGGUUGGUAUCAUUUCGGAAGGUAACGAGACAGUUGAGGAUAUUGCACAGCGUUUGAACAUCCCCGUGUCUGAGGUGAAUCCGCGUGAGGCGAAGGCUGCCGUCGUGCACGGUUCCGAGCUGCGUGAUCUGUCGUCGGAUCAGAUGGAUGAAAUUUUACGCUAUCACACGGAAAUUGUGUUCGCCCGUACCUCGCCGCAGCAAAAGCUGAUUAUCGUUGAAGGUUGCCAGCGCAUGGGUGCCAUCGUAGCUGUAACUGGUGAUGGUGUGAAUGAUUCGCCUGCCCUGAAGAAGGCUGACAUUGGUGUUGCUAUGGGUAUUGCCGGUUCGGAUGUAUCGAAGCAGGCCGCUGACAUGAUUCUGCUCGAUGACAAUUUCGCCUCGAUCGUCACUGGUGUUGAGGAGGGACGUCUGAUUUUCGAUAACUUGAAGAAAUCGAUUGCGUACACGCUGACGUCUAACAUUCCGGAAAUUUCGCCCUUCCUGGCAUUCAUCCUGUGCGACAUUCCGCUACCGCUCGGCACCGUCACUAUUCUGUGUAUCGAUUUGGGCACGGACAUGGUACCUGCCAUUUCGCUAGCCUACGAACAUGCAGAGUCCGAUAUCAUGAAACGACCGCCUCGUGAUCCCUUCAACGAUAAACUUGUCAAUGAGAGACUUAUCUCGAUGGCCUACGGUCAGAUCGGUAUGAUCCAAGCCGCGGCUGGUUUCUUCGUCUACUUCGUCAUCAUGGCUGAGAACGGAUUCUUGCCGCUGAAGCUGUUCGGUCUGCGCAAGAACUGGGACUCGAAGGCCAUCAACGAUCUCACCGAUUCGUACGGUCAGGAAUGGACUUACCGUGAUCGUAAGACACUUGAGUUUACCUGCCACACCGCUUUCUUCGUAUCGAUCGUCGUCGUGCAGUGGGCCGAUUUGAUCAUCUGUAAGACUCGCCGUAACUCGAUUUUCCAUCAGGGCAUGAGAAACUGGGCCCUCAACUUUGGUCUCGUGUUCGAAACGAUACUGGCUGCCAUCCUGUCCUACACGCCGGGCAUGGACAAGGGUCUGCGCAUGUUCCCACUGAAGUUCGUCUGGUGGCUCCCAGCUUUACCGUUCAGCUUGUCCAUCUUCGUGUAUGACGAAAUUCGUCGCUUCUACUUGAGACGCAACCCAGGCGGCUGGCUAGAGCAGGAAACGUACUAUUAGGUCAACAAAUUUAUAUUUAAAAAGAUUAAUUAAACAACACACAAACCCAACUCUCCCUAAAUACACACACACAACAUACACACAUACAUUCAAAAACACAUGCAUACCCAACACACAAACAGACGUACGCAUGCUCACGCGCAGACACAUGCACUCACACGGAAGUCGAAUCCGGUCGGAUGAGGGAGAAGAUUGAGGUCAAGCUUAGCAUACUACGUGUAGCAGGAAGGUUAAAAUCAUGCCACAACACACACACACGCAUUAUAAUAAACCGAUAUAAGGAACGGUGUGGAUAGUUUGCGAGCAAAACAAGCAUAUACAUAAGCAUCAAAUACGAACGAAUAGUAGAACGAUGAUUAAGCAGUUUCACGAUGAGGGUAGCCAGCAAAGGCGCAGCAACAAUGGCUGAAGCUAGCUAGGGUAAGAAGAUAAUCGACCGUAACGUGAAUCCGCUUAGCCCACCCACGGCCGCCAGAUGCGCCGGCAGGAGCACGAUACGUGCACGCAGCGUUGUAGGAACGGGAUCGUAACCGGUGUGUGAGUUGGCAUAAAGGAGCAGGAAAGGAUGCGUGUACAAGAGAAACGGUCCGGUGUGUGCUGUUUGGAACCCGGCAACGACGAAGCGACGCCGACAGUAGUGUGCGAUCGUAAUAAAACGCUGUCUGUGGGAGAAAAAAAAACACCACACGCACAUACACGAAUCGAUGGAAUUGGCGAUGUGCAGAACGGUUGAGAAUGAUGAUGACGAACGUGGUAUUUGGCGAUGUAAUUUUUCUCGCGGAUUGGUAGAAGGUGUAUCAUCAAUCCUCUGAGCUGUUGAGCGCAGAUCAUCGUUAGUGUAUGUGUGCGGAAGAUUUGUUGUUGCUGUUGUACGUUGGUCGUCCAGGAUACUCCCGGCGGAAGGGGUGGCGAUAAUCAAUCUCAUGCGGAACGUAUGUUCUUCAGUCAGUUGCCAUAUCGGAACGUUGUUAGCUUCGUUGCCUAGUUUUCCGAUCCCUGAGUCGCCCGUUUUUGCGUUAACUACUCCCGGAUGAUACGGGGGGAGUUGCCAGUUCGCGUGUGCCUCCCGAGCAGCGUUGGGCAGAGUGUGAGCGCAUGUGUUUUCACUGCGUGUCCGUGUGUGUGUGCACGUUUGUAGCCGCAAUCACCAACGUGUCGAGUGUGACUCUCGCGAUCAGAACCAGAGGGGAUCGAAAAUGCGCCAUGCAAACGCGAAUGCGUAUUUUUUUAGGAUACUUGUAGUAAGAAUAUUCACCGCAGCAGUUGCGUUUAGGGGCAGAACACAGACAGCAGAUGCAUCAAAUCGCAGGCUUUCGAAGAUUACGUACGCAGACGGUAAUCAGUGCAAAUACAUGAUAGUGCAGAGCUGUGGCAUUAUGAAUGAAAUGAAUGUGAAACAACAAAAGAGAAAAAAUCAGAAAAGAACGCAACCUACAAAUGUCUUGCGAAUCUACAAAUUUGCAGUGAACGAGGGCAAAAACCCAAACAUCUUGGGCGCGUGCUGUACAAUGGGGUUGUCCUAGCGGAGCCUGAGCAUUGAGAAAAGAACAGUUGAAAAGACACGCGGUGUUACACGGUGGGCAUGCAAGCAACGCUCAUCCGCCCCUACAAGGGUUGUUUUAAUUGUUUUCCAAUGUUUUUUUUAAACUAUUAUUCGCAUUGCUUUUCCGCUAACGUUGUAGCGAGAGCCAAAGCAAGCAAGCUGUUAAAAUUAUAUAUAUACAUAUAAAUAUGAUUGUGUGUGUGUGUGUGUGGCUAGGAAGUGGUUUUUACCAUUUUUUUUAUAUUUUUUUGUUUGUUUGUUUCGUACUUGCUGUCCGUUUAGUGUGUACGUUGGAACGAUUUGCUGCCAACAUCGUAUCAUCACCAUUCGCCAUGGAAAGCCAUCAUUUUAUAUCUCCUUAUCCCAGUCAGCUGUGUCCGUGUCACUGUGUUGCCAGCUCGACGCAAGCCCCAUUAGGUAUUGAGGCGUAAGCACAGGGAAAAUAAGGGAGACGCUGCGCUGCACAGCAUACUUUGUGCGCACCAUGUUUUUCUUACACACGCGACGCGUUAAGGUAUAAUGUGUAUCUCAUAAAUGUAUAACGUAUGUCUUCGUUAUAAGCAUACAGCGCAAUUACAUACCCUCCCACUACCAUUAACUAGCAGAAAACCGAAAAUCCUGACGCAUAAUCCCUUAAGAAAUACACACACACACACACACGUACAUUCAAGCGCGUCCAUCAGUGGAAAUUGAUUAAAAAACGCUAAAUAAUAUGCAUCUACCGAACUAUGCUACCGACACGCCAUACAAACAAAACUAUACCUACUCAAUGGCAAAAAAAAUGCGUCAGACAUCCAGGAACGAGUUCAUGAUGUGUCCCGCGCGAGGAAUCUCCUCGCAGCCGGCUCGUCGUUCUGAAUUCCCCCCCCCCCCCCCCCCACGUUCAUUGUUCUCUAAUUAAACGAAAAACAAACAAGAUAAACGGACAGAGAGAAUGAGAAGAGGUAGAGCCAACUCAUAGACAAGACACACAACACACGCGCACACAGCGACACUAAUGAACACGAUGCAAAUGAUUGAAAUCAAUUCGUUGUUAGUUACAAAUGAAAAGAAGAGGUAAUAAAGUAAAUAAUACGCUCGGAACAUACUUUAAAGUGAAUAAAAAAACCAUAGUAAUAGAAUAAAGAAAAGGAAUCUGUGCAGAGUGGUAUAAAAUAUUUAAAGGCAAACGGUAGAAGAAGAACAAACAAACGAUUUUGCGUAUAAAGUAAAUUUCAAGACGGAAUGCUAAAUGAAGCAACUUUAGUGCUGUGUAGCCGUCGCCAAUGUCGUGUGGAAACUCAAACAAAUCGAACGAUGAUCUCCACGCGCACAGAACAACAGAAGGACGUGCAGAAUAAAACUCAUAUACACACAAAACAGAGACAUAGAGAAAGGGAGAAAAAGAGAAAGAGAGAAAGAUAUAGAAAGAGAAAGGAAAAAGAAGUAAAAGUACACAUACACACUUUUCCCACCCGCGGAUCAAGAAACCAUACAAAAAUGAAAUUCAAAGUGCAUACGUUACGGAACGGAUGCAAACAUUAAUCCUUUAAAAAGAAGCAAAAUGGAAUCACUGAAAACACACACACACGCGCGCUGUUUAGAAACGACAUAGAAUUUGAAUAUAUGCGACAAAGUUGAGGUGGAAGGAGCUGAUUAAUGCCGACAGAAAACAGCAAAAGCUACAAAUAGAGACAAAAAAAAACAACAAAAUUUGUUAUGUUCAUAAGAGAAACAAAAAAAGCAGUGCAGAGCUGAGAGAUAACGUUAAAAGUAGAGAAUUAAAUAAACAAAAAAAACGCGGAUCUGUUUUAUUCUUUCUUUCUUCCUUUCGUUUUCGAGUGUUGUGUUUUGCGUUGUUAGAACUAUCGCUUGUUUGUGUGCCGAUGGUCUCGUUAUGCGUUUUGUGUAUCGUUUUUCGUUUUCCCCCUUUCAAUCCCUUACCCCCAUACGUGUCUCUACGAUUGUUACAGUCCACCAUUGCGACUGGUGUUGUUAUUUUAAAUUGAUCUUAUAACGUUACUCGGCGGCAAUUGGAAUGGAAAGAGACGCUUGUAUUUACCUGUAGCUCCAAACCUAUCUGCUUUAAGUUUUAACAUAGCUGUUCUACUUUUAAUCGUAUACUUCUUUCAAGCAGCAUUGGUCGCUUCUAAAGCAGAGUAAGCGUAAUGUAGGAAGUAUAACAAAACAAAGAUGAAGAGGAAGCAAAAAAAAAUAAAUCAGCCUAAGUCUUGUUAGUGUUUGAACUGCGCAGUAAAAGCAAAGCAAAAGAAAACGAUCGACCGAACGAACGAACAGAAAACUUGAAAUCAAAUACGCAAAAAAAACGACGGUAGUUUGGACACGGGAAGUGAUGGUGGUAAACUAAGCCGAAGCGGCAUUUGAGACCGAGAGGGAAAGGUUUAAAUCAUACACAAGCAACGCGUCACAUAAAACUGCCCGAUUGUUGUACAUGAGAAAUAAAUAAUUAUAUAAUAAAGAUUAAUAAUGCGAUACAGAAGCAAGAGGAAGAUACAUAGGCGAAAAGCACUACCAUACUGAGCAGAAGAAACCCGCACAUUGCGUUCGGGGGCGCAUGUAGAAGCAUGGCCAUGGUAUAGAUAAACGGUACCAAGAAAAGCAGACGAAGAGAAAAUCCCACGCAGAUAAAUAAAACUAAAUUAAUAAGUAAUGCAAAAUCCACAGUCACUCGCACGCGGUGGCAUCGCUCCUGCUUAUCUCUUAAUCAGGUGUCCUAGCCGGAGGCCGGUAGUUGAAGGAAGCAAGCGGCUAUGUCGUAAGCAAUUAAUAAGACCAUUUCGACGAUGAGAGUGUAUUUCGUUAUUGCAAACGUACAAACGCCUCCUUUUGCCGAUUAGUUUGCCUACUACCGUGCAAGCAAAUGCAAUUUGAUACACAUACACAAACUCACACAAAACUCCCAGGAAACACUACACGACAUGAAAUACUAGCAUCCACAAUGCAAAACACACAUAGGUAAUAAGAGAGAUGAUCGCUAAUCCUAUCGCCUCCGCGCAGCCUCCGCCGCCAUCGCCCUCUCUCUCUCGCUCAUACGCACACGUAAACACACAUACAAAACACACACACACACACAACCCCACAGACAGGCAGCCAAACAAAACCCACUUCAGAACUUGGAGCAAGGCGGAUUUCAGCAUACCAAUCAACAAACGAAAAAUUCCAUAAAGUAACGCAGCAGCAGCAGCAGCACCUAAUAAAACCCAAAAUGAAGAAAAUGAAAAACGAACAAAAAAAAUGAUAAAAACAAACUAUGAUUAGCUAAAUUUGCAGCAAGCUCUUGUACGAAAGUAAGUAACACAAGUUAAAAGAAAAAAAAAACAGAAAAUAAGCUCGUUUAAGCAAAACCCAAGAAACAAAAGGUUAGCAAAACCAAAACCAC